AUGCAGUCCGAGGUGUUGAACUCAAUACAGCUUCCAUUGAUUCGCACUAAGCGCCACCAUCGGAAGUCCCGUUUCGGAUGUCUUGCGUGUAAACGAAGGCGGGUGAAGUGCGACGAGAAGCGGCCGGCGUGCACGUCGUGUGCCUUACGAUUGAGCGAUUGCGUGUAUCCCACUAGUCCCAAUGCAAGGAUCGUCGAGCCUCCUGCUCCUGGAUCUGGUAUUAAGUCGGACGAUGCCGGUAGUGGAAAUGCAUCGUCACCCAGCAGCACGGCCAGCAGCCCGCGGCUCAUUUUAGACGCUGCCGAGCUCGAAGUCAGUGGAUUGGAGCUUACUCAGUGCUACCUCAGCCGUGUGUUCUACUCAUUCGACGAAGCUGUGAGUCGUCCAGAGCGCUUAUGGGUGUGGAAGGUGUAUAUACCGACUCUCGCCUUCACAUAUUCAACGGUUCGAGAUGGAAUGCUUACCAUGGGAGCUAUCUUUCUCCGCUUCGCCGAUGGCACGCCCGACACAACCAAGUACGUGGAUGCAGCCAACUUCUACGGCACUCGCUUUGUCGAAGAAAGCAGGAAGCAGCUCGCUCGACUAGACUCGGCAGAGUCUGAUGCCAAUAUUGCCUGUUCUCGAAUGCUGUUCGUCCUGGGGCUGGCUUUCCACCGUGAGUAUCGCAGGAUUGGCUUCGAGUAUAGCAACCCGAUGAUGUGGACCUGGGCGUAUAUGCUGUCUGGCGUCAAGACCGUAUUUGGUGCCAUCAUUGCUUCAGGGCACAAUGUUGAUCCGACUAUGCUGCUUGAAAUGACUCCCGUCGAACAUAAUAACGAUGGUAUGCUCGACUUUGAGAUAGGAUCUCCUGCAGCAUCAAAGUACGACAGGCUGCUAGCAUACAUCACGACUACAAUGAAGGAGCGUCACACGGCGCUCCAUGCAUUCAUCCUGCAUGAAACCACCGGUAAGAAUGUCGAGGCACGCAAUAUCUGCCUCGGCGCGUUGCAGUCACUACACUCGGCGACUGAGCAGGUACGGUCCACAGACAAGAGCGACACGGUCCGUGUUCUCUGUGCGUGCAUCGCAGAUACUCCGCCCGGCCUCUUCAACAUGCUGGAGAAGCAGCAUCACGCCGCUUUAGCGAUACAUGCCCAUUGGCUCAUGAUGAUGAUGCUUAAGGAGGAAUUGUGGGUCAUUGAUGAUAUGGGUCGAGCAGGUAUCAAGGCAAUUCUUGAUGUUGCUGAUACGGGUGAGAUGGGAGAUGUGUUGCGGUGGCCUCGCGAGGCGACAGAAGUACAGUGGGAGUAG